AAAGAUAAUCCCCGACGCCGGAAAUUUCUCCGUCUCCACUUCUUGAUUUCUUGUUUUUAUACCACAGCGGAGUAGUUCUACGUUUUCUCGAGCUGAAGAAUUCGGAGAAUGCCGACGGACAGAUCAAAAUCAGAGAAGCGCGACGCUGCGAAGCAGCUCCGGCGGGACCCUCGUGAGGUUCUCGGCGUCUCACGAAACUCCACAGAUCAAGACAUUAAAACUGCUUACCGGAAACUGGCACUCAAAUAUCAUCCUGACAAGAAUGCUAAUGAUCCUAAAGCAGCGGAUUUGUUCAAAGAGGCCACCUUUGCAUAUAAUAUCUUGUCAGAUCCUGAAAAACGCCAUCAGUAUGACUCUUAUGGUCUUGAGGCUGUUGAAUCAGAUAACCAAGAUUUGGAGUUGGAUCUUUCGAGUUUAGGUGCUGUGAAUACAAUAUUUGCAGCACUUUUUAGUAAACUUGGUGUGCCAAUUAAGACAACUGUAUCGGCGACUGUUUUGGAAGAAGCGCUUAAUGGGGCAGUGAUCAUUCAUUCGCUUCCACUGGGGCUGCCUAUAUCUAAAAGGGUUGAGAAGCAAUGUGCUCACUUUUAUUCAGUUACAUUAUCAGAAGAACAAGCACAGGAUGGAUUGGUUUGCCGUGUGCAAUCAUCAGACAAGAGCAAGUUCAAGUUACUAUAUUUUGAUCAAGAAGAGGCUGGUGGACUAAGUCUUGCACUCCAGGAAGACAGUGCAAAAACAGGGAAGGUAACCUCUGCGGGAAUGUAUUUUCUUGGCUUUCCCGUUUAUCAAUUGGAUCAGACCAUGAAUUCAACAGCUGCUGCUAAGGAUCCUGAUGCAUCAUUUUUCAGAAAGCUAGAUGGGUUCCGCCCAUGUGAACUAACAGAACUGAAGGCUGGUACUCAUGUAUUUGCCGUUUAUGGUGACAAUUUUUUCAAAAGUGCAAGCUACACUAUAGAAGCUUCAUGUGCUGCGCCUUUUAGUCAAGAGAAAGAAAGUCUCAAAAGUGUAGAAGCCCAAAUUUUAUCUAAAAGGGCGGACCUAACGAAGUUUGAGUCCGAAUACCGAGAGGUCCUGGCAGAAUUUACAGAGAUGACAAGUAGAUAUACACAAGAAAUGCAAGCGAUUGAUGAGCUACUUAAGCAGAGGAAUGAAAUACGUUCAUCAUAUACUGUCGCUCCAUUAAAACGAAGUACGACGAAGAGGAGUAAAAGUUCUUCCAAGGAGGAGCGAGAAGAUGGCCAAGCAAGAGAGAAGAGAUAUACAAGGGAACGACGGAGGAGGAAGAAAUGGUAUAACAUCCACUUAAAAGCUGAUAAGAGAAAAGCUUGCUAGGCAUAAACAAAUUCUUUUAUCGCUCCAUGUUAGGACCUAGUUCGGAAUUAUUAUGGUCGAAAUUAUCUGUACUAAUGGGAAAGAGAAACUAUAGUCAGGUGGUCUGCAUUCUUCUUUUUAUUGGCAUCUUUGAUAGGUAAGAAGGAGGAUAUGCCAAAGCAACGGUUGGCUGCUGGGAGGCUGUGUCCUUGAGGGCUCCAUAGCUCAAGGGUGACAUCUCACUGUUUCUGUAAAAUUCUUUUCUACUUUGUUAGCUCACUUUCAGCAUUUUAUCGUUGUUAAUGGUUCCAUUAAGUUAGGAAUAGAAACAUGUUUGGCUUUAUGUUAGUUUGAUUUCUAAUGUGAAACCAAAACACCUCAUGGCUCAUUAACCCUAUUU